AUGAACAACAAGCAGCCUAAAAAUGUUUUAGUAAUUGCAAAAGUCAUUGAUUGUGACCUGGAAAACUAUCCCAUUGCAAUUGAUACAGUGCCUAAAGACAAAGAGUACGAUUUACUUGUUUAUGUUGAUUAUAGAUUUAAUCUGGAUAUGAUAUAUCCGUAUUCAAUUGCAAAUGCAGAAAUAUGGUACGAACGAGGGGAUACUGUGGACUGUGGCGUCAUGGAAAGGGCAUUUGAACACUAUAGGACGUGUGAAAUUCGAGAAGGAAAAUGA